GUUGUUGAGCAGAAUUCAUUGGUGAAGACUAAAAAGAUUGAAGAUGUCAUUUUUCUCAGUUUCAACACAUUUGCUUCUUAGUAUUGAUUUUCUCUCAAGGAAUUGGCAGUUUUUAGAUUAACUCUAAAGAUGUCUGUCCUUCUGAUUGUUCAUGUUAUCCCUAUCUUGAUUCUAUUUAGUGUCAUCCUUUGCACAGUUGAGGGUGACUUCGGAAGUUCGAUUCUGAGAUCAGCUAAGAGAGAUAAAGCCUGGUUGGUCUCAAUUAGAAGAAAAAUCCACGAAAACCCAGAACUUCGAUUCGAAGAGCACAACACAAGUGCUUUAAUUCGGCAGGAACUCGAUCGGCUUGGUAUUCCUUACACUUACCCAUUUGCUAAAACUGGUUUAGUUGCCCAAAUUGGCUCCGGUUCACGCCCCGUCGUCGCUCUUCGCGCCGACAUGGAUGCGCUCCCUCUCCAGGAAUUAGUGGAAUGGAAGCAUAAGAGCAAAGUUGAAGGGAAGAUGCACGGAUGUGGACAUGACGCACACACAACCAUGCUUCUUGGAGCUGCGAAAUUGCUCAAUGAACGAAAAGAUACCCUUAAGGGGACGGUGAGACUUCUUUUUCAACCAGCAGAGGAAGGAGGUGCUGGUGCAUCACACAUGAUAAAGGAAGGUGCUUUAGGAGAGGCUGAAGCAAUAUUUGGAAUGCACGUUGAUUUUCGAAUACCCACAGGAAGAAUUGGAACUAUCUCGGGCCCAAAUCUAGCAGCUGUAUCAAUGUUUAGAGUAAAAAUACAUGGACAAGGAGCACAUGCUGCAGAACCCCACAAAAGCGUGGAUUCUAUACUUGCUGCAUCUUUCGUUAUCUUGGCUUUGCAACAGCUUGUUUCAAGAGAAACCGAUCCACUAGAGAGUCGAGUAUUGUCGGUCACGUAUGUUCAUGGAGGGACAACAUGGAAUGUGAUUCCUCCUUAUGUUGAAUUUGGUGGUACAUUGAGAAGUCUGACAAAUGAAGGUUUAGACUUGCUUCAAAGGAGGUUUAAAGAGGUGAUCGAAGGACAGGCAGGGACUCACAGAUGCACAGCCGAUAUUGAAUUGGGCAUGGAAGGUUACCCAGAUUAUCCAGCAACUGUGAAUGACGACGGUUUGCAUCAGUUUGUAAAGAGGGUUGGGGGGUUAGUGGUUGGAAGUGAUAAUAUAGAGUUGAGUGAUAAAGUGAUGGCUGGGGAGGAUUUUGCCUUCUAUCAAAAGAAGAUACCGGGAGUCAUGUUUAGCAUAGGAAUAAGGAAUGAGAAUGUGGGAUCCGUUUAUUCUCCACAUUCCCCAUAUUUCUUUUUGGACGAAGAUGUUCUUCCAAUUGGGGCAGCUCUACACACUGCCCUUGCUGAGGUGUAUCUCAGUGAACACUAGGACUUGACAAGAGUAGAAUAUAUCCAUGAAAAGAACAUUAUUAAUUUUUAUUUGAGUUUCUUUUUUAGGAACUCAUUUGAAUUUGUGUAUUUGAGUUCAGAAUUAUGAUAAUCCAAUCGUGGGACAGUUUUAUGUCU